CACAAGGCCACAGCACCUGCCACGCUUUUGUGUGAUCAUGGAAGACGGGCACCCAAACUGGCUUCAUGCCAGGUACGGAUACCUUAUGCAUUUGUUUCGGCGCCAUCAACGAGGACCUGUACGUUCUGUACCAGUGAGUACGAUACUGGCGCUGGUAUACAGCAAUUCUCCCACCGGAACAUUACUCAGUCCAAGAUCGCGUCCGAGAAAGUCGGCCUGCCAUCACCACGUAUUGUACCAUCUACCAACUAUUUGACCUCGAACGACUUUUGCAGAAAGCAGGGACCCUCUCCCGGCUUUACUCGUGGCUUCAAACAGCACGGACUACUGGGCUUCGGCCGGACAAUGCCAUACCUGAGCACAAUUCGCUGUGUGCAGCACAAUCUAGCACAGAACGACGGCAGCAUCGACGAUUGCUGGUUACACAGAAUCCAGACCACCACAAGCAAAGUCAACCACACUAUUAUUAAUGUGGACCUAUCCGUAGAGUCUUCUCCGUGUGACUCGGCGCCUGCUUUCGAAAACCGACCACAAAGCCCAAGGGCCAUCGCAGACAACAACCCCACCUCUAAAAGCAUGGGGCACCGUCAAAGUUCGGACGUUGAUGGAAAACCGUCUUCUUCAUACCAACUCAACCGCGCCGGAAAAGAGCAGGAAACCCGCUACCGGCGGCAGAGAAACGGUAGCAAGUUACACAGGGGAUCAGUGAAUGAGCACGCAUAUCAAUCGAAUCCGACUACGCACAGGAAAGCCUCGAAUUGGGCCACUGGUGGUCAAUAG